AUGUCUCUGGAGGGCCUGGGGGUGGCCCCGGACGGCAGCGCCUGCGUGGCCGACUUGGAGGCUCUGCUGGGGGGCGCCGGGGGCCUCCACGUGAUGGAGCAGCAGAUUGUGAUCAUCUCCACGCCGGACGCGCUCCCCACGCCUGAAGCGGAGAGCGAGGCCGAGCUGCUGCUCUUCGCCACCCCGCAGGCCCCCCGGCCGGGCCCGGCGGCGCAGAGACCGGCGCUGGGACGCCCACCGGUGAAGAGAAAGUUAGAUCUGGAGACCGAUCACCAGUACAUAGCAGAGAGCAUCCAGACAUCCCGAGGCAAAGCGAAAAACCCUGUCAAAGGUGUGAAAUCUCCUGGGGAGAAGUCCCGCUAUGAAACCUCUCUGAACCUGACCACCAAGCGUUUCCUGGAGCUGCUAAGCCAGUCACCAGAUGGGGUGGUGGAUCUCAACUGGGCAGCGGAGGUCCUGAAAGUGCAGAAGAGGCGGAUCUACGACAUCACCAAUGUCCUGGAGGGCAUUCAGCUAAUCACCAAGAAAUCCAAGAACAACAUCCAGUGGCUGGGCAGCCAGUCAGCUGUGGGGAACACCAGUAAGUACCAGGUGCUGGAGAAGGAAAUCCGUGACCUUCAGGUGGCUGAGCAGCAGCUGGAUGACCUCCUCCAGAUGUGCACCGUCCAGCUCAAGCUCCUCACUGAGGACCCUGAGAAUCAGCACUCUGCUUAUGUGACCUGCCAAGACCUUCGCAGCAUCGCAGACCCCUCUGAGCAAAUGGUGAUGGUGAUAAAAGCCCCUCCAGAGACCCAGCUGCAAGUUUUAGACCCAGCAGAGGCUUUCCAGGUUUCUUUGAAAAGCACCCAGGGCCCCAUCGACGUGUUCCUGUGCCCAGAAGACAGCUCUGGGGUCUGUAGCCCAGUCAAGAGUCCUUUCAAAGCAACUGCUGAGGAAUCGUCCCCUGGUUCUUCUGAGGCAGCAGCGUCCCCGCUCCUGCACCCAACCCAGGACGUGAACUUGCCAUUGCUGCCUGGUGAGCAAGAGCCCCUCCUGCCUGGGGAGAAUGCGCUGCCGCUGAAGUGCGUGGCUGAUGAGGUGAGUCUCUCACCGCUGGCCUCUGUAGAUGCUCUGCUGGAGCAGAACAAGGAUGACUUCUCCAGCUUCCUCCCAGACGAGUUCAUCAACCUGUCUCCACCCCAGCCCCAGGACUACCACUUCGGCCUGGAGGAGGGCGAGGGCAUCAGCGAGCUCUUCGACUGUGACUUCGGGGACUUUGCACCCUUGGACUUCUGA